CGUCCAUGAAGAUCAACAUAACAAUACCAAAACAAACGACAGUCUGCUUCGAUCUGCCUAACGUUACGCCGGUUAGACGUCUCCAAAUCCGCUUGUGUGUCAAAUUACGGGAUCACGGAUCACAGUGCGUAACGUAAUCAUGAGUUGAUUCGUUAUUUUCAAGGUGUCUGUGCAAGGUUUAUUCGUUUCCCGUGCGUAUAGAUCUUUCCACGAGCGUCUACACGCGAUCGCGCGAAUUCUUCUGUUCUAGGAUCCAAAACCUAUGUAACAGUGAACUCAAAUAUACAGAAAGAUGCCGAAACUCGGGAUAGCCACGAGCGAAACGCACACCCGGCCACAUUUCGCGAGCCACACGCAAUCUUCCUUGAUGAAAAGACGGACGCCGAUGAAAUCGAAGCAGAAUUCGUCGAUGAAAGAUGUGAGUGGGUUGAAGAGGCCGCAAGGAAACGUCAUUCUCAGAUCGAGCGGAAUUCACAAGAAACGAAGUAACAUCGUGAAGCAGAGCAGAAGCAUGCAGAUGAUGAUAAUGAUCCUCAAGCAACAGCGGGACCGUCGUGCGACCGUAUUUCUUACUGACAGCGAACUAAUCAAAACUUGUCGAUCGGAGAAUCCUCUCAUUUCUCUUCGAAGCGACUUGAUCAAAGACGUCUCCGACGAUCUCAAAAAAUGCGCCGGCAGUCCAGCUAAACUGGCGAACCGAACUCUUCGCGGCGAACUGACAAAAGUCGUCGACGAGUUCGAAAAACACGCAGAUAAUUCACAUGCUUCUCAGGGUGAAACGAACUGUACAGGGAAAGAUCAUUCGAAAAGCAUUAGCGUCUCUUCCGAAGAUCGUACAAUCGUAGACGUCGCGUAUAAGCUCCAAUUACAUUUGAGCGACGAGGAGGAGCCGGCGGACUCGCGUUGCGAAGUCGAAGUUCACCGUCGCGGAACAGAAUCUGGAGAAAAACCCAACGACUUUCCGAAGGAGGAUUGCUCCGAGAUCGAGACGCAAAUACAUCCGCAAAAUGCAAACGCCGCGACGAAUCGCAAACGUACGCGGAAAUUUUGCACGAACAGAAGAACCGGGAACGAACGCGUUGAUGUAGACCGCGCGCGUCGUACCGAUUUACAAAAUUCUAAAAGCACGAAACACAUUGAUAAUUCGCGGGAUAAUUCGUCAGCGAACGAUAAACUAGCUAUGGACGGCAAUGUGAUUGCCCGGAGGAGGGGUGUUCUUCAAAGGAAUGUCGCUUCUAAUCAGCGAGCCUGGAAACCACCCGGUGUCUCGAAAACUCGGGCUACGGAAAGCGCAACGUCUUUACAACCGAUAUCACAGAAGUCGUCUCAGUCAACCGAAAAAUCCACCGCUUCGUCGAGGAACAAACAUUCGUCGUCUGAACAUGUCGAAGCCUCUAAUAGCGAGUCGACGAGCAGCUCGACAUCAGCAAAUCAGUCCAAGAUGUUAAUGAAAGAGAACAGAGACCCUCGCGCAAAUCGCAUGAUGAAAAUCUGCGAACAUCUCGCGGAAACGAAACAGCGGCAGAGGCUGCAAAGCGGAGGAACGUUGCCGAAGAAGAGAUGGUCGAGAACGAAGAUUGGCACAAAGUUUGUAGAUAAACGCGAUGACGCGAACCCAACCCUGUCGAAAUCGAAAUCGCGACAUUGUCAAACGCGACCAAUUGUGCUGAAAGAAUCCUCGAACAAUUCGAAUGUCGAGCAGCAUACUGCGUCCACCCUGACUCGUGGCAAGAGAGCAAGAACCAUGGAGGUAAUCCACACAUUGAGAAAGAUCAUCAACGACAGCGCAAGAGAAAACGAAGACGCGGAGGAAAACGCUGUGAACGACUUCGAUCACGAGAAAGACGACAAUGAGAUCGAAACAUCGCCAAAUCACGACAUUUCCUUGCAAAAUACCGAACCACAUAUGUUUACGAAAGAUGUAAACUUGGAUGAAGCUGAUCAACCUUCUCGAAGAUCAAUCUGCACGCAGACGGAGUUACAUCUCCCUUCUGAUCAAGAAAUUGACGCUGAAGAGGACCAAGAUCUGAAGGAAAUUUUGAAAUUGACUCGAAUCGUCGCGACGCAAACAUCGCCAAGUUGUAAUAGAAAUGUAGUUGAAAUUGGAUGCAAUACUUCUAAUGUCGUUUAUAACGAUGUGGAAGUUUCCUGCGAUCUGAUGGAUCUCACAAGUUCGGUAACAGAGAUUGAUACAGACACUGACAACGAUAAACAGGAAUCCACAAAAUGCUCCAAUAAUCACGGCGCAAGUAGUACUUCAGUAAAUAAUCUAUCUUUAACCAGAUCUCCAUCACUAACGAUCGACGAUUGUAAUGUGUCUCAUCACUCUUCCGAGGAUAUCACGAAAUAUCCCGAAAACGACGUCCAGGACGAAGAUACGGUCACGUCGGAAUUGAAAGUUGACGGUAUACCAAGCGACGUGAUGGCUGCUUUUGAGCUCGCGGCAGAGCGCGCGCGCAAUCUUCACGAGGCAGUCAUUAUAUAUCAUAGAAAUUUAACGUCGAAGGAAUCUGGGAAACGAAAUGAGAAAACGGACGAAGAUUACGAAACGUCGGAGUUCCGAGAUGAUCGGCAUUGUCCCGGGAUACAUACCCCUUUCACAAGUCGCGAAAAUGAAGAUAAGAUAAAAUUAGAAUGCGAAGCGAUGUGUCACCUCGCGAACAACGGUGAAGAUUUCGACGGAUUCUCAACGUACUCGUCGCGCGGCAGUACUUCCGAUCGAAUAUGCGACUUUGAAAGUUUUUCGAGAUCAUCGAAAGAGGAUUAUUUCGGGAUAGACCAGGAAGAAAAAAAUAAUGUUCUUUCAGAAAAUAAACGAGCGAGGUCGACUUUAAACGAAAGUUCUGAUUCCGACGACACGGAGUAUUUAAUACAAAUAUUGAGAGAAAUACAAUCGAGGAGAAAUAGAAUAUGA